UUUUUUCUCUCACAAAAUUCAAGUUUUUAUUCCGUAACUUGAUCGCGAGAACAUGUGGUAUUUUGUUUUUAAUUAUGUAUUGCAAUUUUUAAUUGUUUCAGAACAACUAGACAUUUUAUUUGCAUUUUUUUUUAAAACUUACUUCAUUUGAACAAACUCAAUUUGUAACAAAAAACUUAAUCAUGUCUGGAGUAAAAUGUAAAAAUUGCGGCUCAACUGACAUUGAAGUCGACAAUGCUCGCGGUGAUGCCGUCUGUACAAAUUGUGGUUCCGUCUUGGAAGAUAAUCUUAUUGUAUCCGAAAUACAAUUCGAAGAAGCUGGCCAUGGUGCUUCGGCAAUGGUUGGUCAAUUUGUUGCUGCCGAUUCGACUGGCGGCGCAACAAAUUAUGGUUAUGGUAAAUUUCAAGUUGGUUCGGGAAAUGAAUCGCGCGAAGUGACCAUCAAAAAAGCUAAAAGAGACAUUACACAUUUGUGUCAUCAAUUGCAAUUGAAUCAACAUUAUAUUGAUACUUCAUUGAAUUUCUUUCGAAUGGCUUUGAUGAGACAUUUAACGAGGGGCAGGAAAAGUACGCAUAUUUAUGCUGCAUGCGUUUAUAUUACUUGUCGAAUUGAAGGAACAUCUCAUCUUCUGGUUGAUAUAAGUGAUGUACAGCAAAUUUGUUCCUAUGAAUUGGGACGAACUUAUUUAAAAUUGUCAAAUGCACUUUGUAUUAAUAUUCCUUCAGUUGAUCCUUGCAUAUAUAUCAUGAGAUUUGCCAAUAGACUACAAUUUGGCAAUAAAACCCAUGAAGUUUCCAAUACUGCACUUCGAAUAGUACAAAGAAUGAAGAAAGAUUCAUUGCAUUCAGGUCGUAGACCUACUGGUCUAUGUGGUGCAGCUCUCCUUAUUGCUGCUCGAAUGCAUGAAUACAAUCGAACCAUUCACGACAUAGUGCGAAUUGUGAAAAUUCAUGAAUCUACAGUACGCAAAAGACUGACAGAAUUUGCCGAAACACCAAGUUCUGCUCUCACUCUAGAUGAAUUUAUGUCGGUUGACCUGGAGGCUGAACAAGAUCCACCUGCAUUUAAGAUGGCACGAAAAAAGGAUCGUGAACGAAUAAAAGAUAUUGGAGAACAUGAAUUAACCCAACUACAAAAGGAAAUUGAUAUCCAGUUAGAAAAGGAUAUGAAAAAAGCCAAUACCAAAGGAAGAAGUAAAAAUAAUACUUCUGGCAAUGAUUUGGAACAAAUGGAUGCAACUAAAUUCAUAAACGAAGUUAAUAUGGAAAUUCUAAGCGAAUGUCUAGCAGAUGAUCCUGGUACACCAGAUGUUUCAAAAUUGCAAGGUCCAAUUGUAAUUGAAGGUCUUAAGCCCGAUAUUGUUUCAAUGUGUACACCAUCGGCAGUUGAACUUCAAGAGAAAACUCAAGAAGAAGGAAAUCCAGAUGAAUUGGGUGAAUUAGAUCUUGAAGGGCUGGAUGAUGAAGAAAUAAACAAAUAUAUUCUAACACACGAAGAGGCGAAAUAUAAGAAUGAUAUGUGGAUGAAGCUAAAUAAAGAGUAUUUAGAUGAAAUGAAAAUUAAAGAGGAAAGACUGGCAAAGGAACGUGAAGAAGGCAAACCAGAAAAGAAGAAACGACCUCGGAAGAAACAAAUUGGGCCUUCGAGUACUCCGGGAGAGGCAAUUAAGAAGAUGUUGCAGGAAAAAAAGAUUUCCAGCAAAAUUAAUUAUGAUAUUCUCAAAACACUUACAAGUGUUACCAAAGGAGAGGAUGAACCUACACCGGAGACUGUUGUGGAAGAUGCUAAGGAGGUGAAACCUGUGGCAACUUCAAGCACAAUUUCAAUGAAUAGAAGUAAGCCGCCAGCCUACACAAUUUUACAACCCCAAUUCAAAAAACCAAAACUCGAAGUUGGUUUACCAGUUGCAACUGAAACGAAACCCAAAGUUGAAGCCCUGGUUGUUGAAAAUGAUGAUAUAGAAGAAGAUGAAGAUAUUGAGGCUGAACCAGAACCUGAACCAGAAAAGGAAUACUCUUCUCUCAAGGAUAUGCUUAAUGAUGGCGAAGAAGACGAUUACUAUGGAUAUGAUGAAGACAACUAUUGAAAUCUCAUCAGUACUUUUUUUUUUCUAUUGUUGAAUUUUUAUGUUUAGUGCUUUAAGUUAAGUAUAUGUAUGUAUGUAUUUGUUUUACAUUACAAGAUUUUUAAGUUAAAUGCUAAGUUUUAAUAUAUAUUAUGUAUUUCAAUAAAAUUAUAAAAUAUUCCGUGAUUUGCAUUAACAAUAUCGAUGAUUAGGUAUUCAAUUGUGUGAUCAAUUAAUUUAUGAACUAUGCUAAAAAAU